CCUUCAUUUGGCGGUACACAACAAAAACGCAGCUGGACAGGACUGGGACGUUGUUGGGCUGGAGCAGCGCGGAAAGAAAGGCUGUAUUAUUUGGUGGCAGGAAGAUACAUCCUAAAAAUUGUUUCUGAGCCUUUGGCAGAAUGUUGUGGAGAGUAAUAACUUUAAUAGGCCUGGCUCUGGCAGUGAGCUCUGCUCCACUGGAAGAAUCAACAACAACUGGCAAAAAGUGGGUGGUGAUAGUUGCUGGCUCCAACGGCUGGUACAACUACAGACAUCAGGCAGAUGCAUGCCAUGCUUACCAAAUCGUCCACAGAAAUGGCAUCCCUGAUGAGCAGAUUGUUGUCAUGAUGUAUGAUGACCUUGCACAGACUGAAGAAAAUCCCACCAAAGGAAUCGUAAUCAAUAGGCCGAAUGGUACUGAUGUCUACAAAGGAGCCUUGAAGGAUUACACAGGGGCGGAUGUCACACCUAAAAACUUCCUGGCAGUACUUGAAGGAAACGCUGAGGCAGUGAAAGGAGUAGGAUCUGGAAAGGUGUUGAAGAGUGGACCCAACGACCACGUCUUUGUUUAUUUCACGGAUCACGGAGCCCCUGGCCUGUUAGCCUUCCCUGAUGAUGAUCUGCAUGUGAAGGACCUGAACAAGACUAUAUAUUACAUGUAUGAACACAAGAAGUACAAAAAGAUGGUGUUUUACAUUGAAGCCUGCGAGUCUGGGUCAAUGAUGAACCAUCUGGCUAACAACAUCAAUGUGUACGCUACCACGGCUGCAAACCCUCACGAAUCCUCCUAUGCCUGCUACUACGACGAGAAGAGGGACACGUACCUGGGCGACUGGUACAGCGUCAACUGGAUGGAGGAUUCCGAUGUGGAAGAUCUCAACAAAGAAACCCUUCAGAAGCAGUUCAAGAUUGUGAAGAGUCACACAAACACCAGCCAUGUCAUGCAGUAUGGAAACAAGACUUUAUCCCACAUGAAGGUAAUAGAAUUCCAAGGGGACUGCCAAGGUGAGUGCAGAGUUCCAACCCCCAUCCAGCAUGACCCCAUUUUGGAGCCAGAUGUCAUCCCCAGCCCAGAUGUUCCUCUGGCCAUACUAAAGAGGCGCUUCAUGAAGUCCAACAGUCUGGAUGAGAGCAAACAACUCCUGGCCAGGAUCAACUCCCAUUUGGAGGUUCGAGCCCUGAUGAAGAACAGCAUGCGGAAGAUUGUUUUCUUUAUUACACACUCUGAAACGGCGACAGAACAAGUACUGUCCAUGAGACAGGAGCUCACCCAGCAUGACUGCUACGAGGCGGCCGUGGAGCACUACAAGACAAACUGCUUCAACUGGCACCGGCCUCAGUAUGAAUAUGCCCUCCAGCAUCUCUAUGCCCUCGUGAACCUCUGUGAAGGACAUUUUCCAUUGGACAGAAUCCAAGAAGCUAUGGACCGAGUCUGCUUUGCUGGCCGCCUCAUGACUGCAACUUUGUUUUAAGCAGAUCCGUCGUUUUUAACUUGCCGUUUUUAAGUCUUUUUGUUUUUAAAUCAUCACAAAAAACUCGAUUGCCUCUCUGAAGUGAUCUGUACUUAGCGCACUUCCUUUUUGAUCUUUUUAUUUGCUGUGAGACUAUUUUUAAAUGGAUGACAGAAAAGCCACCUGGUGGAGUUUAUCAGGUAAUGCCUUAAACCGACUGCUGCUAAGGAUGUGAAACUGCCAAGCGAGUAUAUGGGGUGGCCACUGAGGCACAAACUAAUGGCUGUAUUUUAAAAAAAAAAAAAAAAAACACUAAUGUGGAUUUCUUUAGAAGAUGUAAAUAUUCUUAGCCCGGUGCCCUCCAGUAGACAAUCAGGACUCUCUUCCUUUAUUCCACAAAUUAGCGUCACUUCCACACCCCAGUAAUUUCCUGGCUGCUUUUCAGGAACCUUUUUGGGUGGGUGAAGAAAAAAAAUUAAUAAAUCAGCAGCUUCUUUGUUCUGUGACAGCUCUUAAUGGUAAAAGUGCAAUAACUUCUCAAUAUUGUGAGUGA